CUUAAACUGACCUAAAAUCAGACUUGUAUGUGAGUGCUGCCAUGGCCUAACGCUUCUGAGGCAACGUUAGACAGCGGAUAGCUCGGCUAACAAGCUACCCACUGCAAGCUAGUGGCUAGGUGUUCUACUUCAUUUGUAUUAUUCGCAUUACAAUAACAGAGCUAGCAAGCCGUGUGUUCGGCGUUAUGUGUUGUGUCAGAUGAGACAGUAGGUAUAACCCCCGAGGCUUCUAGGACAAAACAGGUGACGGUUUGACAAGUGAGGCUAGCUGUUGUUAGCUUGCUCUUCCGCUUUGCUGUGUCAUAUUUCACUGAAGCUCAAUGUUUUGGACUGAAAUCGUCCCAGCGUUAACAAAUAGUACUAGUGUCGGCUGUUAAGCGCCAGUGUUGUACCCAAACUGCCACAUAUGCUAUAUAUUACAUACAUAUUACCGCAAAUGCAUGUGCACGGAUAUGUUUGGUGCGAACUUGCCUGCGCCACCCGCACACAUUUUAACGUUGGCUAGCUGAGAACAUAACAUUUGAUCGUGCUCUAAGGGGAAUUGUAACUGAGAAGUGAAGUUGGGGGACUUACUAUGGACCAGCCAGGGUCCCGGAAAUAGUGGCCCGAAACAUGUUUUACACAGGACAUCGUCACUGUCAGUUCAUAGCGCUUCUGGUCUGAAUCAGAUGACAGAGUGAUGGGAAUUUGCCCGGUUAAAACAUCUGUCCAAACACACACAAACAAUACAUCUGUUAAAUCCAAUUCCUGGCAAGGUCCUCAUUAUAUUAAACCCGCCGACCACACAGCAGUCUCCCCAAGACGAACAGGAGAAGCUUCUAGAUGAAGCUGUGCAGGCUGUUAAGGUCCAGUCAUUCCAGAUGAAGCGAUGCCUGGACAAGAGCAAGCUGAUGGAUGCUCUGAAGCAUGCGUCUAAUAUGCUGGGUGAGCUGAGGACCUCCAUGCUUUCUCCAAAGAGCUACUAUGAGCUCUAUAUGGCCAUCUCUGACGAACUCCACUACCUAGAGGUUUAUCUGACUGAUGAGUUUGCCAAGGGACGCAAGGUGGCAGAUCUCUAUGAGCUGGUCCAAUAUGCAGGCAACAUAAUCCCCAGACUCUAUCUGCUCAUCACCGUGGGUGUGGUGUACGUUCGCUCCUUCCCUCAGUCUCGUAAGGACAUUCUGAAGGACCUGGUUGAGAUGUGUCGUGGUGUUCAGCACCCACUCAGAGGCCUCUUCCUCAGAAACUACCUGCUACAGUGCACCCGAAACAUACUGCCAGAUGAUGGAGAGCAGCCAGAGGGAUCAGAGGAAAUGACCGGUGAUAUCAACGACUCCAUUGACUUUGUCCUUCUGAACUUUGCUGAAAUGAACAAGUUAUGGGUUCGAAUGCAGCAUCAGGGUCACAGCCGAGACAGAGAGAAGAGAGAAAAGGAGCGACAAGAACUCAGGAUCCUGGUGGGAACUAACCUCGUUCGCCUCAGCCAGCUGGAGGGUGUCAAUGUGGACAAGUACAAACAGGUUGUUCUUUCUGGAGUGCUGGAGCAGGUUGUGAACUGCAGAGACUCGUUGGCUCAGGAGUAUCUAAUGGAGUGCAUCAUUCAGGUUUUCCCAGAUGAGUUCCACCUUCAGACCCUGAACCCAUUCCUGCGUUCCUGUGCUGAGCUCCAUCAACACGUCAAUGUCAAGAACAUCAUCAUUGCCCUCAUUGACAGACUUGCUCUGUUUGCCCAUCGAGAAGACGGCCCUGGUAUUCCAGCUGAGAUCAAACUCUUUGACAUCUUCUCUCAGCAAGUGGCCACUGUCAUUCAAUCUCGCCAGGACAUGCCAUCAGAGGACGUGGUCUCUCUUCAGGUCUCUCUCAUCAAUUUGGCCAUGAAAUGUUAUCCUGAUCGUGUGGACUAUGUAGAUAAGGUCCUGGAGGGCACCGUGGAGAUAUUCAACAAGCUCAACUUGGAACACAUAGCGACAAGCAGUGCAGUGUCAAAGGAACUUACUCGACUGUUGAAGAUCCCUGUGGAUACCUACAACAACAUCCUAACGGUGCUGCAGCUCAAGCACUUCCCACCGCUCUUCGAGUACUUUGACUACGAAUCACGCAAGAGCAUGAGUUGCUACGUGCUGAGCAACACGCUAGACUACAACACUACCAUCGUGGGACAGGAACAGGUGGACGCCAUCUUGAACUUGGUAUCCACACUGAUACAGGACCAGCCAGACCAACCUGCUGACGAUCCUGACCCCGAAGAUUUUGCUGAGGAGCAGAGCCUUGUUGGUCGUUUCAUCCAUCUGCUCCACUCUGAAGAUCCUGAUCAACAGUACCUUAUUCUGAACACAGCCCGGAAACACUUUGGUGCGGGUGGAAACCAAAGGAUUCGUUACACACUCCCUCCUCUGGUGUUCGCAGCCUACCAGCUGGCCUUCAGAUACAAGGAGAACUCCUCACUGGAUGACAAGUGGGAAAAGAAGUGCCAGAAGAUCUUUUCCUUCGCUCACCAGACCAUCAGUGCACUUAUCAAGGCUGAGCUUGCGGAGCUGCCUCUGCGACUCUUCCUGCAGGGGGCACUUGCUGCAGGCGAGAUUGGCUUUGAGAACCACGAGACUGUAGCUUAUGAGUUCAUGUCACAGGCCUUCUCCCUGUACGAGGAUGAGAUCAGCGACUCCAAAGCUCAGUUGGCAGCCAUCACACUGAUCAUUGGAACUUUCGAGCGAAUGCGAUGUUUCAGUGAGGAAAACCACGAGCCGCUGAGGACUCAGUGUGCUCUGGCUGCCUCCAAGCUGCUGAAAAAGCCUGACCAGUGCAGAGCCGUCAGUAUCUGCGCCCAUCUCUUUUGGUCUGGUCGCAGCACUGACAAAAAUGGUGAAGAGAUCCGUGAUGGUAAGCGGGUGAUGGAAUGUCUAAAGAAAGCUCUGAAGAUUGCCAACCAGUGCAUGGACCCAUCGCUGCAAGUCCAGCUUUUCAUUGAAAUCCUCAACAGAUAUGUCUGCUUCUAUGAGAGGGAAAACGAUGCGGUGACUGUCCAAGUAUUAAACCAGCUGAUCCAAAAGAUCAGGGAAGAUCUCCCCAACCUGGAGGCCAGCGAGGAAACGGAGCAGAUCAACAAACACUUCCACAACACACUGGAGCAUCUCCGCCUGCAGAGAGAAUCCCCGGAGUCUGAGGGCCCCGCCUAUGAGGGCCUGGUCCUUUAAAACAGUCACAGGUUGGGAGGAUGUGAAGCCCAUCAAUAGAUUUUCACUAUAUUAUGAAUAUACGACUGCACACACAAAUGCCAUCCUGUAGGCCAGGAAUAAAAAUAAAUGUCAAGAAGAGCUAAAAAGAACUCACUCCUUCAUUUUACUAUUGUUCAUUUUCCUGCAUCAUCGUCUCCUCACUGUCCCUCAUUAGCAGAACUGUUUUCUGCAGCAGGUCGGAGGUGUUACAUCCAAGCGUGCCAGAAACCCUGCACAAGUCUUAGGCACCAUUCCUUUUCAGAAUUCCUACUUGACCAAUUUGUCUUUAACCUGUAUCAUAUUAUCGUCAAUAGUAGACUGCUGUUGUAGGUGUAUCCACUGAGCCAUCAACCCCUCACUUGUUCACGUCUUUCCAUAUUGAGAAGUGAAUGUAUUAGUUGAGUGUAUAAAGGCUACAGAAUCAAGUAGUGGUAUUACAGCUUUGUUACAUACAAGCUAGUUUCCAGUCCUGAAUAAUCAAUAACACUGCUGUUCUUUACGAUGGGACCACCCAAACUGAAGACCAGACAAAUGGAAGCACAUGCAAAGUUUGGCCGCGUAGGGAUGAUGUAACAAUGUUGUUCCCAUUAAAAACUGAUAAAUGUGUAAGAGCAGAGCAUCUUUUCAUCAUGUCAGACUCUGACUGUAUGAACUUGAGUUAAGGCAGUUAGUAAUUGUGAAGCAAUUUGCAUGAUCCUCAAUCCUCCAGCCAUCCCAGCUGGAUUGCAAAGAAAUGACAAAUAGCCUCACUAAUCCAGUAGUUUUGUAGGUUGCAAAAAUUGUCAUACUUAAGCUCACACAUGAGUAGAGCUUGUUUUUAAUAAUGUCAGAUUUGUCUCAGACUCCAUAUUUCAUGUGUUGGUUUAUUUCUGGAUUUCUUAUUUCUCGCCAGUGUAUUGACACAUUCAGAGCUGCAGCAUGUGAUGGCAUGCUUAGUGUGCUUGUACCAUAAGGCCUGGUUUUCAGUUUAUUCUAUAUGGAUCCCACCAACUUCAGUUACUAAAUUUGUCCUAUUUCUGUCCAUCAAUGAAACCCUGUUACUUGGUGACGCUGUCCUUUCAGAUCAAACUGUUGUGGAGGGUGUGCAGUGAUUCCUCAGGAUUGUAUGCUAGUUGACAAGUUGCCAUACUGAGUACCUUAUGAUGUACAAGUUUGGUUUUGGAGUUGUUUGCUGCAGCAUCUGACACUGUCUGCUAAUCUCUCUUUCUUAAUUAUUAUUGUUGAUUUUUUUUUUUUUUUUGGAGAGAGUAUUGAAUGAUUUCUUUCCCCUUUCUGUAUCUGUAUGUAAACCCACUUGUAAAUCAGAUAAGGAAAAAUGCAGAUUAAAUAGCAAUUAUCAUUGUCAUUUGCUGAAAUAAAAUUGAAAUUAACAAUA